ACUAAAACAUGACUCAUGUACCCGAUUGCCACAUGCAGCUCGCAGGAUUUAUAUAAGCAUGACAGCUGUAGUCUUGAGAGACAGCAGAUUGAACAUUUUUGGCUUCAGCAAGGCUCCUUCGCAAAGCGGAGCACUAUGCAAUAUCUUUUACUUUGUGCUGCCCUCCUCCUACCUCAGAGUCUUGCUUUUCCGACACAACUUAAACCACAAUCAUGGAGCUCCACAGACUUGGAGAAUGUAAAGACAUAUCUUGAUAAGUUCUUUCCACUUCUUAGAAAAACAGAUAGCCAAAGCUUAGAAGAAAGGAUUAAAACCAUGCAGAGGUUUUUCCACCUGACUGUAACUGGAACAUUAAAUGCAGAAACAAAGGAAAUAAUGAACCAGCCCAGAUGUGGAGUCCCUGAUAUAGCAGAUUACAAAACAUUUCCUGGAAAUCCAAGAUGGAGAAACAAGUAUUUGACUUACAGGAUUGUUAAUUAUACACCUGAUUUACCCCGAGCAAAGGUGGAUGAAGCAAUAAGUAAAGCUUUGAUGGUAUGGAGUGAUGUGACUCCACUGCAGUUCAAAAGAGUUUUUCGAGGAAUUGCAGACAUUAUGAUCGGAUUUGCACGUCGUGAGCACGGUGAUGGAAAUCCUUUUGAUGGAAGAGGUAACACAUUAGCUCACGCGUUUGCACCUGGAGAUGGGCUAGGUGGAGAUGCUCAUUUUGAUGAAGACGAAAUGUGGUCAGAGUACAAUCGAGGAAUUAAUUUGUUCCUUGUUGCUGCUCACGAAUUUGGCCAUUCUUUGGGACUCGCCCAUUCAAAUGUCCGUGGUGCUCUGAUGUACCCUACGUAUUCGUAUGUGAACCCGGAAACCUUCCAGCUUUCAGAGGAUGAUAAGCGAGGAAUUCAGAAGUUAUAUGGGCGCAAGUCUGCAAAUUCUUGAAGAAAGAGUUUCAAAAAGCAGAAUUCACAUCUAGUACUUAUGGUGUUCCAAAAAUAUUUUACUCUUCAGGAUAAUCAAAGGAGAAGCUCUUGAACUGCACAUUAUGUCCCUGAAUUUUUACAUAGAUUUAUUUACACUUUAUACAAUUUGAUUUGAUAAUUAAAAAAAAAUUUUGGAUA